CUUACUCUAGCCUCUGUCAAUCAGUGCAAGCUGCUGUUGCUACUUUUAGUACCACUGCACACACUGCUACAUCCUACUUUUGUCCAGCAGAUACGACCACGAGUAGAUCAUCUCUGCCAGUUCUCUUCAGAGUUCUCAGUACCGCCUGGUGCUGUUACACCCCACACUACACCGGCAGAGGGUGAGAGAGGGAUGCGGUCACCCGUCGAGUAGUUCCCGGACAAUUGAUAUACUCCACGAAGGUGCCGGCUUGGUUAGUAGACAUACGAUAGAUCAAGUAGUUGAGUUGCGGUGUGGCGUAUCGCCUGACCGCAGAGGCAGCGAGUCUCUACCAACAGAUUUUUCUACCUUCUAGUGUCGUUCUUAUCAUACUUAUAACACUACUAUCUCUACUUUACUAGAGCUGGCCAAUAGGGUCCGUUCUUCUACCGGUAUUGACUAGCAUCAAGUAGUGACUACGGACAGUACGGUCCCAUUGUGGCAGGCAGGCAGGGCUACAGGGUAUUCCUGAUCCCAUACUCUAGAGUAUUGUGCCUGGACCUGGCCGGAGAAAGCGGCUGCAGCUGUUCAAGAUGGGACGAAGAGCAGACAUUGGGAAUGGAGCGGACAACAGCUUGUUUACGUCAAGAAACACUACCUGCGGUGACUCCGGCCUUUGUUUUCACUGCAACAAAAGCACCACCACCACCACCAGCAGCAACGGCAGCAGCCGAAGGAGCAGUUGCCGGCAUCGGCGCAGCAAUACCGCGAGCGCACCAUGUGGCAAUACCCAGCAGUCACCGCUGCAGAUAGGCGGACACCGCUUGUCAUGUGCUACUGUGCUAGCAGUGCUAGCAGUGAUGGCAUUAUGCUGCAUGCAGACGACAACAGCAACUCCGGCAACUACCACGAGCAGCACCAUCGCGCAGUUGAGGAUCAAGUUCCUAGAAUUGGAGACCCUCCGAGCUGCCGACAUCGACCUGACUAGCAACUACAUGCAUAUGUCGAUAGCGGUGAAAUCAUCCAGGAACUCCACGCGCUAUGUGCACCCGCGUGACAUGGAAUAUUCUGCCUUUCCCAAAUUUCUCCCGCCGACGUACCAGUACAAGAACUUUGUGCAUGUGGGGAUAGCGCCGGAGCCAGUCACAGCAAUGCCUGCUGGUGUAGCAGCACAGACCAGACGCUACACAUAUAACAAUGAUUCGGAUCUGUCACGGUAUGAUGACGAUCGCCGUGGUGACAAGAGAGUUCCCAAUCCCAUCAGCGAAUCUGUCAGUCAGCUUUGUGAUCCCGUUAUCAAGAUUGAGCUGGUCGACGGUGGAAACAAGGGCAACUUGACAUUCUCUUUCCUCUCUAGUCACGCUUACCACACAACGCCCUCUAACAUAGUGUUUGGCAGCAAGCAGGUCUGCAGUCAACUGGGCGUCAUGCACUCUGCGUACAACAACUGCCUGACCAUCCAUGUCGAGGCCACCUGCACGUCACCCCAUGCUGCACAAUGCUCGUGUGGUGUGAGUAGUAAAUUCACAACUCCAGCCAGCACACCAACAGCACCAGCCGGCACAUUUCCUACGGGACCCAUCCCCACUGACGGUAGUACUGGUAAUGGAGUUGUCAUGACAACACAGUCUGUACAUGGUAACGAUAGUACUGAUAAUAACAAUAUGAUAUUGACCGAUGACACGCCUACGCAGCUGCGUACAUCCACACAGCAGCUACACACUGCACAGCAAGACACUGGUACACCCAGCCAGAUACAUGUAUACACAUUCACACAACAGCACACAUCCACACAACAGCAUACAUCCACACAACAGCAUACAUCCACUCAACAGCACACAUCCGUACAACAGCACACAUCCACACAACCUGAGCACACAUCCACACAACAGCACACACCCACACAGCUACAUACUACACAGCAAAAUGCAGGUACACCCGCCCAGCUACAUACAUCGCCACAUGUGCACACGGAUGCACAGACACCCACACCCACGCAGCAGCAUGUGUCCACAUCAACACACCCACCCACACAGCAAACCGGAAUAUCUACGACCCCGCAGCGCAGAGUCAGCAGCAAGCAUGGGAACAUAGUAGUUACGGACUGGAGUAGCACCACCAAAGCUUCAACAUCCACUAUUAAACUUCCCACGGCACCGUCACCAUCAUCAAAUCCACCCACAGAACCUUUGACAUCAUCAAAUCCACCAACUCCACCGUCGCCUUCAUCAAAUCCACCCACAGAACUUUUGACAUCAUCAAAUCCACCAACACCACCAUCGCCUUCAUCAAAUCCACCAACACCGCCAUCGCCUUCAUCAAAUCCACCAACACCGCCAUCGCCUUCAACAAAUCCACCAACACCGCCAUCGCCUUCAACAAAGCCACCCACAGCACCAUCACCAUCACCAUCACAAUUGCCAUCACCACCUUCAAAUACACCAGGAACUCCAAACCCAGGGGAACUCAAAGAUGAGGGUACGCUGAACACCACAACACUGACGAUUCUGGUCAUUGUAGCCGUCUGCGUGGCAUUGCUCAUAGCAGCCACCUCGUUUGUGUGCAUUCUGGCAUCACGUAACCAGGCAGGACUGUGUGGCCCAUUCGGCGGAAACGGCACUGAUGGUAUCCGUGGUAACGACAAUGGCCGGGGCAUAGGGCGUGUAUACGAGUCCAUCCGUCUCAAGACGACAAGAAACGAUCGUCGCAGGAGAUGGCUGAACGGCAUAGCACAAGAGCGAGCAAGAGUGGAGUUGGAUGUGCUUGGUUCAACGUCACUGCAAUCACCGACACCAUUGCCACCACGUUAUGAUCAACCACCCGGAGUACCACCCCGGCGCAGCACCGAUACCACACCAACUAGCUUAUCCGCACGCACACCGACCAGCCUUUCCCGAAACACACCAACCAGCCUAUCCGGACGCACACCGACUCUGGUCCAGCAGGAGAGCACAGGGCCGUUGGCGCAGCCCAUACGCGACACAUCUCCACAGGAUGAAUGCCGCACUAUUGCUUUUCCUGAUGGCCAUCGUCAGCUGGAUGCCCAGGUGUCGGUUGACGUCAUCUCCAGCAGUGUCGCCACCCCCGGCGGUCAUAGUACUCCAGGAGAAGGACAAUCAGCUCUUCAUAUGUAUGUUACCAUCGUGUAAUCAUGGUAACCACGAUCAGCCACACGGCGCGUUAGUAAUCUCAUCAUGCAACAACUGUGUGCACAGCAGCACUAUGGCUGCAAAGCUACAUGGGUACAUGGGUAUGCAGUCUGCAGCUGCUGUAGAGAGCAUGACAGGUGCUGGCUUGCUACACAUACAGAUACUGGCUUGUUACAUAAUUGUACAUAAGCAGAUGCUGGCUCGCAACACAUGCAAUGAUGGCAAAAGUUUUUUUUCUCAUCCUACCAGUGGCAGUGUGCACUGAUGUGCAGCGACAUUGCAACGCGGACUGUGUAUGCCGAGCCAUGGCAACGCUGACUUUCGGGAUCCACUUGGGUCCAGUCUUUGACUUCUUUGUAUGUUUCUAAACACCCAUUGCAAUAACGAGCACCUAGUUUGGGCAAGGACGAUUUCACCAGCAUACAGACACACUAGGCAUGUACCACGAGGUUGUGACACCUGCGGCUUGGUGAAAGCUGCAUGCCUCGCUCACAGCUAACUUAGCACCGAAAAUAAACUGACCAAUCUGCUCUAGACGUCUUGAAAUGGCAAUGGAGUACAAACCACCGCACUGCACUGCACUGUAGCGCUACUGUAGAAUUCUCGUGUACUUGCAAGAACUGUUUCACAUGCCAUGAAUUCCAUUCUGCCUAUGCUAUUGAUGUGGCAGGUGCAUGUUCUCAUGUCGACAAUAAUAAUCAUACAUCAUUCCAACGCAAUAGCUGCCACGGAUACGCUUUCAUGACCAAUACGUAAGAGUUUUUCUUUUUUCUUCUUCUUUUCAAGUAUCAGCACUCUCGCCAACUGCCACUACGAUACAAUGAUCUUAUCUUCAAACACUAGCUGAACACAAUGUCUUCCAACACUAG